AUGAAGAAGGAGCACAGAGGGAAGAGGGGGGAGGACGGUGGUGCAGGUGUGCUGGCGGCUGGUGUGAGCUGCGUGGCGGCUGUGGGUGCCGACGCGUGCCUGCCAUGGCUGGGCACGCUGCUGUGCGAUGGGGCGACGUUGGAAGAAGCCACCCGACCCAACCUCCUCGUCUUCAUCUGUGCACAUCUUCUCCUUUCCCUCCCUCUCCUGCUCAAGCUUCGCAUCCGACCAGCCACGGCGGCGCUUAGCGUGGUGGGCAGCAGUGGCCUGUUCUACGCCGUCGCCGUCCUGUUUGGUGCGCCGUUGCUCUCGAAGGGCGACCAAACCCUCUUGUGGGCGAUACUGAUGGCCGUACUGGCCGUGCUACCACUGGCCGCAGCGGGCUUCUCACUCGACUCACCCUUGGUCUGGCGUGGGUGGCUCCACAACGACCCAAGGGAGGUUGUGGCGGUGUUGGGGGCUCUUGGCGCUGUGCUCGGUGCAUGGGUGGGAGCGUUUCCGUUCCUCUGGAUUGGGACCGGCCCUGGCAACCCUUCCCAAUCGCAUCCACCUACGCCACCCUUUGGGGCCACGCCAUCAGCCACGCGCUAG